AGCGCUGUUGUUCGGGUCGUUUCUGCAAUUGGGACGGCGUUGCAACGAUCCCAGGCGUGCAAACAAUGGUUUGGCAUUGUAUUAUAGGAUCACUGUUGAUGCUAGCUAAAGGAAUUUUGGCAUACAUGGAUUACAGGGCGCCCACGUUGACGUUGGAACCACCGAGUCGAUUGACAUUCCUCAAUAGCACAGGAGGAUCUGCUCCUUGUUCGGUUAUAGGAAAUCCCAGACCAACAGUUUAUUGGGUUACGAGUGAUGGAACUCCCGUAACAAAUAUACCAGGUUUAAGAACUUCUCUACCCAAUGGAACUUUAUACUUUCCACCCUUUCCAUCAGAGCGAUAUCGACAAGAUAUCCAUUCUGCCGUUUAUAGAUGUGUCGCCUCGAAUUUGGUUGGAAAAGUUGGUUCCAGAGACGUACACGUUAGAGCAGCAAAUUUAAGUGAUCGCCAUUUUUCUUUCUGUAAUGACAGUUUUGUUAUAAUAACAUUUGAUCAGACAACCGGAUGGCCGAGCGAGUUGACGCUCCAUUCUACUUUUCUGGAGGAUCCUGGCUUAAGUCCAAGCCAAUUUACUCAAGAAAAAUCUUAA